AUGUCUUCCAAACCAACCGUACUAGUCACCGGUUCAGCCGGCCACCUGGGCAAGGCCCUCAUGCUUGCCCUCCCUUCGCUGGGUUACUCACCCGUUGGCAUCGACAUCAAUCGAAGCGAGACCACCACUCUGGUCGGCUCCAUCACCGACAAUGCCUUCCUCUCCCAAUUGAUUGCGGAACACGCGAUUGAGCAUAUCAUUCACGCGGCAACACUUCACAAGCCGCACGUUUGCUCCCACACGAAAAACGACUUUGUCCAAACCAACAUUGCAGGGACGCUCAACCUGCUCGAGCUGGCAACGGCCGCGUCAUCAUCAGAAUCAAACACAAAGAUCAAGAGCUUUGUGUACCUCUCGACCACGUCCGCCUUUGGCACAGCCCUGAGCCCCGCGCCAGGCCAGCCCGCGGCAUGGAUCGACGAGGCCGUCGUGCCCAAGCCGAAGAACAUCUACGGAGUCACCAAGACGGCCGCGGAGGAUCUGGCUUUCUUGGUGGCCAAGGAGCACCGGUUGCCCGUAGUCGUCCUCAGAACCAGCCGCUUUUUCCCCGAAGAGGACGAUGACGAUCAGCGGAGGGCUUCCAUGGGCGACGAAAACCUCAAGGUUUUGGAGUUGGCCUAUCGCCGGGUUGAUCUGGCUGAUGUGGUUUCGGCAUGCGUGGCUGCUAUGAAGAGCAUGGAGGAGGGCAGGGUGAGGUGGGGGAAGUAUAUUAUCAGUGCGCCCACGCCAUUUAGGAGAGAGGAGCAGGUGUUGAAGGGGCUGGAUGAGGAUGCAGGGAAGGUUUUUAGGGAGACCGUGGCGGGGUGCGGAGAGGUUUUUGAGAAGAAGGGAUGGAAGUUCUUGGACAGGUUGGAUCGGGUGUAUGAUUCAAGGCGGGCGAUUGAGGAGUUGGGCUGGAGGCCGGAAUACACGUUUGAAAACGCUGUUGAAAGCAUUCGGAGUGGGAAGGAAUGGAGAAGUGGGCUGACGCUGAAGGUGGGAAGACUGGGAUAUCAUGCGGUAUCAACUGGGGUUUAUACCAAGAGGGAGGACACGACGACGUGA